UUUAAAAAAUUAUACUACCUCCGUUCCUAUUAUAACUUCCAAAUUGGUUUGGCACACAAUUUAAGAUAGUGGGUAUUGUGUGGUGGAGAAUUGUGCAGAGGAGAGAGAAAUGUCGUGAACCACAAUUCUUUACCAAAAAGGGAAAGUGGAAGUUUUAAUUGGAACGGACGAAAAAGAAAAGUUAGAAGUUAUAAUAGGAACGGAGGGGAGUAUACCAAUAUUAUUAUGGUUAUAAUAAUUGCGUAUGUUAUAAUUGCAUAUAUAAUUUGUUCACACAAACCGUGUGACUCCCGCUUAGCUUCCCCGAGGCGGGCAUCUAUAAAUAGGCCCCUGCCUGGGUGCCUGGGAUUGAUUGUGAGAGACCAAUCCAAGCCAAGCCAUAAAAUUUGAUUUGCUUAUAAGCUGCUGGUAAGUGAAGAUGCUUAGGUCGAUAAGUGGGAUAGCAGGGGCGAGUGGGUUCGGGUCAGCGUCGACGGCGGCGCAGGUGAGCGAGGGCAUCGACGCGUCCAACCUGACGGCCAUCGUGACAGGCGGGGGGAGUGGGAUAGGGUUGGAGACGGCGAGAGUGUUGGCGCUGAGGAAAGCCCACGUGAUAAUCGCGGCGAGGAACACGGAGGGCGCAGUGGCGGCGGCGAGAGAGGUGAUCCUGAGAGAGAACCCGGAGGCCCGAGUGGAUGUGAUGAAGCUGGACCUCUCCUCCCUGAAAUCCGUGAAGGCCUUCGCCGAGGAGUUCAACGCCCUCUCCCUCCCGCUCAACAUCCUCAUCAACAACGCCGGCGUCAUGUUCUGCCCGUUCCAGCUCUCCGAGGACGGGUACGAGAUGCAGUUCGCCACCAACCAUCUGGGUCACUUUCACCUCACAAACCUUCUCCUGGACAACAUGAAGGCGGCCGCCAAGGCCUCCGGCAUCCAGGGCAGGAUCGUCAAUCUCUCAUCAAUAGCUCACCGCUACCCCUGCAGAAAAGGAAUCAAAUUUGACCACAUCAAUGACAAGAAAAGUUAUAAUGACAAAAUGGCAUAUGGGCGCUCCAAGCUAGCCAACAUAUUACAUGCUAAUCACUUGUCUCGCCGACUACGGGCAGGAAGAGGGAGCAAAUAUAACUGUGAAUUCGGUGCACCCAGGGUUGAUAAUGACAAAUCUUAUGAAGCAUUCAACCAUCCUUAUGAAUGUUUUAAGGAUUUUCACUUCUGUGAUUUGGAAGAAUGUCCCUCAGGGGGCAGCUACAACCUGUUAUGUGGCUCUUCAUCCCAAUGUGAAAGGCGUAUCAGGAAAGUACUUCGUUGACUGCAAUGUGUGCAAGCCCACCAAAAUGGCAAGAAACGAAGCUUUAGGAAAAGAGCUUUGGGAUUUCAGUUACCAAUUGGUGAAAGAAUCUAAAAACAAGUAAAUGAAUGUAUUUGAUUCAUAAUCGUGUAAAAUAUAAUCAUAGUACUCCAUAUUAUUGCCUAGUGAACAUCACUAGCCUCCUUUUUGUGCUCCAUUUAAUUAUGUGCAAUAACUUUAUAUGUAUUUUAAUAAUGGCAAGAGUAUUGUGUCAUUCGAUAAUACAAUUGCUAUAUUAUACUCCUUUUGGUUCUUAAUUAACUUGACACUUUGACUUCAUACAUAUUAAGAAAACAAAUGUAUUAGGGGUAAAUUUUACUAUAGAGUACGUGAUGAGGUCGUGACCCACCUAUGAUAUGAUAUAAAUAGGUUGUUGCGUGUGAAUGCCGGGUCAAUCAAAAAGAAGGAAAAUAAAAUGUAAAUGAUAAUGCGGGAAAAAAUCAAGUGUAUAGUGGUAAGUGGGACGGGGUUUGUCGAACCAAAGAGAUGUCGUGUAAGUGAGUGCAACGAUCGAAUAGGGAAAUGUGUCACUAAAGUGAAGCAAACGAGACUACAACGCAAACAUGAUAUGAUCAAGAAGAGAUGCUAAAUGAGCUAAACUACGAAAUAAAGAUGUAAAUGGGUGUCGGGGGCAUGUUUGGAACUCACAUUGCGAUUGAAGGUUGGACAAAAUAGUAUUAGAACUUUAUCACAAGAAAGAACAUGCACAACGGUUCCUCCGCCACUCUCAUGGUCGUAGGAUCGGUCAAUAAACCGUCUUGGCCACUCUCAUGGUCCAAAACUCUUAUGAUCAUGCCUAGGUGUGUGUGAAAAGGGCAAAUGAAUAUCCAAUUCUCAUUGGAAUAUUCCCUAAGUAAUUAAAUACAAGAUUUCUGAAAAUUGCAUUAAUUAAUGUCAUUGAGGCAUUUUCACAAACACAUUUCAAGCAAUAAAAUUCAAUACUAGUCACCCAACAAUUCAAUCACAUAGAGAAGCUCCCCCUCACCAAUCUAACUACUCAUGCAUUGCAAAUAAAAUAAAAAACAUAAUAAGAAAGUGCUAAAUAAAAUUAAAGACUUAAACUUGUAUUUAAUUAAAGUAGAAGAUGUAGAAAAAUAUCACCCGAAUAGAUGAGAAGCAAUUCAUUGAAGUGCAAGAGGAAAGCUUGAAUCUUGGAGGACAAAUCUCUACAAAUCAACACUAAUGUCUAGAGAAGAAAUGCAAAAACCCUUGCUAAAAUGUAAAAUCUAUCCUCUUAAAAAAUGUAAAAUCUAUCUAAAACGAGACUAGUGGCCUCCCCUCAAAUCUGAUCUGAAAUGUGGUUUUAUAAGUGUGAUUUUCGGGCUUGACAAAAUGACCACUAAGGGUAGCAGUCUGAAAAGUAAAACAAAAGAAGCUGAUGGGUAUUCUGGUCAUUUCGCUGCUGAAAAUAAGAUUAGGCUUUUAGCCCUUCGCUUCUUCUCUUCGGGGCCUUCUUCAUUCGUACGGAGCAGCAGCCGACUUCGAUCUUCUCGUGAGCAAUAGUCGCCGGCGACAGGACAAUGACGAUGAAGCUCAGAUUUCUGCUGGAUAUCGCCUUCUCCGUCGCUAGAUUGCAGCUUCUUCUCUUGAGGAUUUCCGGCACUGCUUCUCUCCUCUUCUCUGUUGAUCUAGGGCGAACAGAUUCCGGCGUGGCUAGGAGGCGGUGUAGGCUCUGGUGAAGACUUCGACUGUGGCGCGUCGGUCUGCAGCGACGAUUAACAGGGACCAGCGUAGCAGCGGGUCUUCUUCACUGACGCGAGGCACAUCGGCCAUGGGAGCAGCAACCUGGGCGGUGGUGAUGGCUUGGACUCCGGCGCGACUGGGCGGCAGCUGCCGUGGUGCUACGGGCAGAGCCUGUUUCUUCUUCUUCUUCUGCCUGCUGGGUUAGUUCUUUUUUUUAAAGAAAUGUAAGUAUAUAUAAAGCAUCCAAAAAU